AACAUGCGCGCUUAACCUUGUGGCACGAGAGUAUAUUGUCACACCAAAUUGUGUAAACGGUGUUGGAACCAGUUUUCGGGUCUAUAAAUGCCGCCCGCAUUACUCGGAAGGCAUGAGCAAAUAUAUUCUACCAGUCUCUGUUUUUGGAACAGUGCUCGGAGCUGCUGCUUUACUGAAGAACCAUGUGACUGGAGGCCGGUGUCCCAGUAAGGCUACCAUUAGGGGAAAGACUGUGGUUGUAACAGGAGCCAACACAGGCAUCGGGAAGGAGACCGCCCGAGAACUGGCCAAGAGAGGGGGUCGGAUCAUUAUGGGAUGUCGGGACAUGGAGAAGUGCGAGGAGGCUGCAAAGGAAAUAAGGGGGAAGACCCUGAAUCCUCACGUGUACGCGUGUCACCUCGACCUGGCCUCCGUGAAAUCCAUUCGAGAGUUUGCAGAGAGAAUGAAACAAGAGGAGCAGCGUGUGGAUGUACUCAUAAACAAUGCUGGAGUCAUGAGAUGUCCAGCAGGGAAGACAGAAGAUGGCUUUGACAUGCAGUUUGGAGUUAACCACUUAGGCCACUUCUUGUUGACAAAUCUUCUGCUGGAUAAAUUGAAAGAGUCUGCCCCCAGCAGAGUGAUCAACUUGACCUCACUCGCCCACAUUGUUGGAAAGAUUGACUUUGUGGACUUGAACUGGGAGAAGAAAAAGUUUGAUACCAAGCAGGCGUACUGUCAGAGCAAGCUUGCCAAUGUUCUGUUCACCAGAGAGCUCGCCAAGCGAUUACAAGGCACAGGAGUCACAGUGAAUGCUACGCACCCAGGCGUUGUUGCCACAGAGCUCGGGAGGCACACGGGUCUGCACCAAUCACAGUUCUCCAGCUCUGUGCUCAGUCCCUUUUUCUCCAUGUUGGUAAAGAGCCCAGAUCUGGGGGCCCAGCCCAGCGUCUACCUGGCAGUGUCCGAGGAGAUGGAAGGGGUGACGGGAAGGUACUAUGAUGUGAUGACAGAAAAGGAACCGGCGCCCCAAGCCCUGGAUGAGGAGGCAGCUCGCCAGCUGUGGGAGGUCAGCAGCAGGCUGGUGGGUCUGGAGGAGAAAGCACAAUCCGACAAGUCAAACCCACCAACAGAAGUCCAGAGCAAAGCUCCACAGACUGUUCAAGAGCAGAGACGAGGACAGAGCCCAGAACCAGCUGUCAAUGCUGUGGGGCUGUAGGCCGGCGGGGGAUAAUGGACCUUUAUUGCUUGAGCUGUGUCUGGCUCAUGAAACAAUUAACUGUCAAUUAGUCUGGUUAUCUGAAUAAAGACGGUCUUUUGUACAUG